ACACAAGUUGUCUGCUGAACGAACCAUUUUGACGCCACCACCAGGUUUUAAUCCUAUAUAUACAAUAUAUUUUUGUGCCGACUGGAAUCAUUCUCAAUGGCAAUUUUCUACAGAUACAACACAGGUUAUUGAAUAG